CCUCAUUUCACAACACUCCUCCCAUAAUCAUGAAUCCCCUUGCGAUCAAGUUAAAGGAGGAACCGAUUCGUCACGCAGACUGUUGCCUCAGUCUAUCUUCAAAGCUACUAGACACUUUAACGGCUAUUUUCUCCGACAGAGGGCUUGCUGGCCACCCGCGAACUGUGCUUUCCAUCGGCAGCGGCACAGGAUUGCUGGAGACUUUGUGGCUCACACACAUUGAAUCACAGUCACGAUCAGAUGGUGCUUCAGAAGGUCUUGUCAUAGAGGGCGUGGAGGUGCACCAGCUUGGUUCCAGGGCUCCUGCCAAUAAAUAUCUACCAGAGCAGGCCAUUAAUACCGUUCGCGGAACGUGGGAGCUGUCAUCGAGGCUGCAGGGUCAAGAUAUGUCAGGGUUGAUGUUUACAUAUCCUCGUCAGCCUGCUUUGGUGGCACGGUACAUCGAAUCUGUUACUAAGACAAAGCUUAGCAUUGGCUUUGUCAUCUGGCUGGGUCCUCUGGCCGACUGGGAUGAAUUCGAGCCUUGUUUUCGGGUCAGUGGCGACGAUGGGGAAGCAUUCCGGUUGGAGGGCAUAAAAAAAGGAGCCGAAGCUGGGCUGGGCGAGUACGAGAUGAUGGCUAUAUUUAAGCAGUAGGCAUGAUAGCCGCACGGACAACAUGACAGGUCUUGAAUUGUGUCCAAACGACAACCGGGCUGAACUUGAUGCUGGUAGAAAUGGGAUAACGAGACUAUUGAUGCUGGCCAUAAUAAUGAGUUUCACUCAUAUGAUCUCGAUGGCUGCUGGGACUUUCGGCUUCAUAAUUGGCUGGAAUGACAUUGGGAUCAGUCCAGCUGCAAAAACCAGCCACCCAGGAUCGAGGAACCUGCAUUUUACAAAGUUUCCAUCUUCCGAGAAAUUGGUCCGUCAAUGAAUGUGAUCAUUCCA